CCAGGAUGCUAGAUAUACGCCACAUAGCCAGGAUGCUAGAUAUACGCCACAUAGCCAGGAUGCUAGAUAUACGCCACAUAGCCAGGAUGCUACAUAUACGUCACAUAGCCAGGAUGCUAGAUAUACGCCACAUAGCCAGGAUGCUACAUAUACGCCACAUAGCCAGGAUGCUAGAUAUGCGCCACAUAGCCAGGAUGCUAGAUAUACGCCACAUAGCCAGGAUGCUACAUAUGCGCCACAUAGCCAGGAUGCUACAUAUGCGCCACAUAGCCAGGAUGCUACAUAUACGCCACAUAGCCAGGAUGCUACUUAUACGCCACAUAGCCAGGAUGCUACAUAUACGCCACAUAGCCAGGAUGCUAGAUAUACGCCACAUAGCCAGGAUGCUACAUAUGCGCCACAUAGCCAGGAUGCUACAUAUACGCCACAUAGCCAGGAUGCUACAUAUACGCCACAUAGCCAGGAUGCUACAUAUACGCCACAUAGCCAGGAUGCUACAUAUACGCCACAUAGCCAGGAUGCUACAUAUACGCCACAUAGCCAGGAUGCUAGAUAUACGCCACAUAGCCAGGAUGCUACAUAUACGCCACAUAGCCAGGAUGCUACAUAUACGCCACAUAGCCAGGAUGCUACAUAUACGCCACAUAGCCAGGAUGCUACAUAUACGCCACAUAGCCAGGAUGCUACAUAUACGCCACAUAGCCAGGAUGCUACAUAUACGCCACAUAGCCAGGAUGCUACAUAUACGCCACAUAGCCAGGAUGCUACAUAUGCGCCACAUAGCCAGGAUGCUAGAUAUGCGCCACAUAGCCAGGAUGCUACAUAUGCGCCACAUAGCCAGGAUGCUACAUAUACGCCACAUAGCUAG